CCCUCUCAGAUCUACCAUGGCCAUGUCUUCGCCGUCUCCGACGACGUCGUAUUGGUGCCACCGCUGCACCCGCUUCGUCCGCAUCCUCCUCCAAGACGCCUCCGUCACCUGCCCUUACUGCGACACCGGCUUCCUCGAAGAGAUAGACACCACCCCGCCGCCGGCCCCGACUCACCUCCACCGCCGCUUCCCGCCUUCCUAUACUCACGAUCAGAACCCGCCCCCGACGUCGCGGCGGGUCCGCCGGAGCUCCGGCGACCGGUCGCCUUUCAAUCCGGUCAUCGUCCUACGUGGCGCGGCCGACGACUCCGAGUCGAGCUCGUUCGAGCUUUACUACGACGACGCCGCCGGGUCGGGGCUCCGGCCGCUGCCGCCGACCAUGUCGGAGUUUCUGAUGGGGUCGGGGUUUGAUCGGCUGCUGGAGCAGCUGGCGCAGAUUGAGAUAACCGGGUUGGGCCGACCCGAGAACCCGCCGGCUUCUAAAUCAGCCGUGGAGUCGAUGCCGGUGGUUAAAAUCGACGAGUCUCACGUCGGGUCGGAGUCGCACUGCGCGGUGUGUAAAGAAGCUUUCGAAUUCGGGUCGGAGGCCCGAGAAAUGCCUUGCAGCCACAUAUACCAUUCCGACUGCAUCCUGCCGUGGCUCUCGAUGCGAAACUCGUGCCCGGUCUGCCGCCACGAGCUGCCCGUUGACCGGAACUCGGAGCCGGGUCACGACGAGGAGGCAACCGGGUUAACCAUCUGGAGAUUACCCGGAGGCGGGUUCGCCGUGGGUCGGUUCUCGGGCGCGAGAAGACCCGGGGAGCGUGAAUUGCCGGUUGUGUACACGGAAAUGGACGGAGGGUUCAACGGAAGCGGGGCGCCGAGAAGGGUAUUAUGGGCAUCGAGAAAUAGAGGAAGAGAGAGCCGCGGGAUUGGGAGGGCUUUUCGUAAUUUCGCGUCGUUCUUUGGGAGGUUUAGGUCAAAUUCGUCUUCGAGGACCGGGUCAGAAACCGGGUCGGAGGCAUUUAGUCGGAGUCGGAGCCACUCAAACUCGGUGUUCGGGCGGUACGUGCAGCGGCGCAGCCGGGCUUGGGUGUUGGAUGAUUAGAAAAAAAAAGCUGGAUUUUACAGCUAAUACAAAAAGAUCACAAUUUUGUUUCUUUCUUUUGUUUUAUUAGAUUUUUUUGGAUUGGGAUUUGGGAUAUGUGAAAAGUUUAUUCAUUCCAGGCUACAGAUUGGUCAUAUUCAUCACUGUAUAUAUUUUUAGGGCAAAUUUGCCUCUACAUUGUAGCAUUUUCAUUUUCAAUCUUAAUUGUAUAAUUCAAGCUCCAGCUUCUUCUGGCGCAGAAAGAUAUUAGUUUUGGCUUUUUUUUUUGUUUGUUC